UUGUCGGUUGCACAAUGUCACGGACUACGGUUCUUUUGCUUUGUCAACUGCUCGUCUCAUUGUCAGUUGGCUGGGGUUUGUCGGUUAUUAGUGAUGCCGGACCCAACGAAUUCCCCUACGUCGUGAAGCUUACUAUUCGAGGUUUGCCUUACUCUUACACCGAAGCAGCAGUAGUAGUGAGCAAGAAAUAUAUCAUAAGCUCAGGAGGCUUUUCCUCAAUCGCACCAGCAAAUAUGAGUGUCACGGAUCAAUCUGGAAAGGUUCGGCCCGUAGCAAGAGUUCAACCCAUUGUGUCCGAUAACUUUUCUUCUCUGAAAGUAUGUGAGAAAUUUCGAGGGGCAACCAUGCCGAUGACGGCCUCCAGUUUCAACGACCUCUCUGCUGACGUAAAUUCUACCGCUUUUCUGCUUUUAUUCAAUGCGUCAUCUCACGUCUUGCGGAAAUUGCCUGCCUCCGUGAUGAAAACUGCGAGCUGCCCUGCUGCCGAUGGAGGCAAAUAUAUUUGCACGUACCAGGAUUUCACUCCAGGUUACUGCUCGUUUUUAUCCGACUCGGAAACAACGCCUACCUACGACAAUUGGGCGUUAAUUACUAUCGGAAGUCAAGUUCAAGGAUAUUUGUACUCGAUCUAUUGCGAUUUCUCGACUGGCACAGUGAAUGAUACUUGGUUGUUUAAUAACUACGGCUACUACCGCCAAUCAAUCAUUGCUGAAAUUCCCGAGGUUGACAUUAAAUAAUUACUUGUGGACUUUCAGGUAAUAAAAUGAAAUCCUCAGCCUUUCAA